CCAACGCGUCGGCGCAAUCCAGACACUUCUCCUACCGUCACCACACCCUCACACAACAACGACACACCUUUCCCUUGAGUCACCUUUUCUGUUAUCUUCUGCGACUGCGGGCAGCGAACCAUUUUGUUAAUUGAACGAUCGACUUGGGGUGGGGAAUACGGGGUAAACCAGACCAAGCCAAGAGUGCGACAGGCUGCAUCGCGAGGACCCCAGACUAUUCUUCCAGCUUUUUGCCACAACACCCAUUCACUGCGACACACUCACACGCUCUCCAAUCGUCUCUUUAUACAGCAUCACGCAUAACUCCCAAUCACCACGAUCCGAUCCGACCCAACCCUUUCGUAACCGCAGCCUUCAACCGCAAUCAUGGCUCGCAAUAGUGAGAAAGCGCACUCGAUGCUGUUCCGGUUCCGCGCCGCGCAGGCAGCCGAAGCGGGAAUCAUCGACUUCUCGCGCGCACGGCGCCCCAAGCUCAUCACCUCCGUCUCCUCGAUACCGACGUGCGAGAGAUGGCGCGGACAAGUUCUCAAAGAAAUCAGUCGCAAAGUCAGCAAGAUCCAAGACGAAGCGCUCUCCGACUACCAGAUCCGCGACCUCAACGAUGAAAUCAACAAACUCAUGCGCGAGAAGCACAUGUGGGAGGUGCAGAUCCGGAAUCUGGGUGGCCCGAACUAUAUGAGAGGUGGGCGCGUACUCGAUGAGGAGGGUAGAGAGGUCCCUGGAGGUGGCAAAGGAUACCGAUAUUUUGGACGCGCAAAGGAGUUACCGGGUGUCAAGGAACUAUUCGAGCGGCAACAACGGCCAGAAGACGACGAGGGGAUCGCAAAGGGGAGAGAGAAGCGGAGCGAACUCAGACAGAGGGUCGACGCUGGGUACUACGGGUACAAUCUGGACGAAGAGGAUGGCACGCUGCUGGCAUACGAGCAGGCCAAGGAGAAAGAAGCAUACGAUAAUUUCAUCACUCUCGGCGACGACCUCAGCGAGAAACAGAGUACGACCCAGACCGAGUGGAUCGAGUUACCGGGCGAUGCUGGCGAUGGCGUCCGAUGGCGCGUUCCUACGCUCGAGGAGGUCAACGAUGAACUCGUAGAGCGUAGGCGGAGGAAGUUACUUGAGAAGCUUGGUUGA